UAUGUUUGUAUUUUGUUCCACAGGUGUUUGUGGUGCAGAAAUAAAACGGCCACAAUAAAAUUUCUUCCAUGCGGGCAUUUUGUCACAUGUGAAACAUGUUCGAGAAUCUCUCUUCAACGAUGUCUGAAGUGCGGGAAACCUGUAACGAGCAGAACUGGAGAUGAUUAUAGAAGAAAUUUAGCCAGAAGGAGACUACUCAGUAGAAAACUUCAUGAACAUUCAACAGCAAGUAUAGUACCCGGAGCCAGUACCGAUUCCGGUUUACAAUCAUCUUCUGGAGUAGAUGAAUCAGAGGAAGAAUGGUUUCCCAAGUCUCAGAACAAGCAAGUCCAGACAGAGGCAUUUACUUCAAAAGAUGCAUCACAGCAAGUUGAGACGCCAGCACUUGUUGACAAUGAAGUUCAAACAGAAGUAGAACCAGUUGUUACUUUAACGCUUGUUGACAAUGAAGUCCAAACAGAGGUGGAGCCAGCUGAUGAUCACUACAUGCAGAUACCACGUUUUGACUGUAAAAGUAUUAUGAAGUCGCAUUCAUCCAAAUUCCGUCCCCUUUGCCCAGCUGUGUCCAAAAUAUUGCAGCUCACAGACUCCGAUAACGAUUCCAAGAACUUAGUCACAGUUUCAAGAAUCGUUGAAAUCUGCAAUGGAAUAGUAACCUAUUCACCAGAUUUGAAGUUAAUAAGUUGUGCCACAACAGGCGGUGAUUUUGAUUUUCAUUGUUCUUCUAAUGUCACAGACAUGACAAGAAUUGGUGAACACACUGUUCUAGCCACAAUUCCUUUCCGCAAGAAAAUAGUUUUCAUUAAUCCAUCAAGUUUCCACAUAAAAUCUCUGGAUUAUAGUUUCUUUACAAUUUCCUAUUUCGAACAUUCUACAUUUGUAGGGACAGAAAUGUUUAGUAAGACAAUAUAUCUCAUAGACUGGGAUAAAAAUAAAUUUGAAGAAAAAUUUAGUGUACAAGAAAUUGUUGGAAACAUAGCAGUUGGUCCACAGUAUCAUAUCUUAAUAGCCUUAGCUAAUAUAAAUAGAAUUAGCUGUUACACAAUAGAUGGCAGACACUUGUUUCAGUUGAGGACCCAUUCCAUCGAUAUUCCAACCGACCUCACCGUAUAUCGAAAUUAUUCUUACGCUGUGCAAGGAAAUGUAAUUUACAAGAUUUCAGCAAACGGUGCUGUGUCCCAAAGAGAAAUUGGGAUAAAAGCUCGAUAUAUUUGUGUGGCAACAAAUAAUAUUUACUUGACUGACCGUUUUGGUCUUGUACAUAUUAUUAGGACAAAUAAAGAUUUUUGGCCUCGGCUGUCUUACCAUCACCAAGACCAUGUCCCGAGCCUGAUAAACCAAAUCCAUAUUGAUGACCCCUCCAACAUUACAACGAUUCUACCUAUGUCAGCCUCUUCAGUAGUAAUUAUAUAUCGGGAUCUAAAAGCUAUAUUAGUUACUGACGAAGGGCAACCGUUUGGUGGAAAAUGUUUAACCUUUAAACUCCAGCCUUCUGUUUUCUGCAGAGUGGAUUCGAACACAUUUCUUGUCCUUUUUAGUGAGGACAGGAAACUUCAGUAUAUUACCUGUCCACAACUAACUGAAGGUGAUUUAAUAGACGUCGAAAACAAUUACAUCCAAAUGUGUCAUAUGGUAUCAAAUAGGUGUUUGGCUCUGACCACCAAUGAAGGUAAAGUGGAGGUACAUAUUUUAUUGAUUAAAAAGGAUCAUGUCGACAUUGUAAACAGAAUUUCAUUGGACCAUGACAAUGUCGCCAUUGCUGCUACUCCAAUUAAUUUUGUAGUUGUAGACAGAAAGAAACGUAACUUGUUAUUUUAUUCAAGCUUUGGUGAGGAGCUUUCCAAGAAACACAUUGAGUUCAAUGGCUAUCCUCAUCAUGUUUUCACAGACAAAUUAUACUUCUAUGUUAUCUUCAGGAGAGAGUCUUUGAUGACUUGUUACAAUAUAACUGGACAAAGGAAAUGGCAGUUGAAACUUCCUUCAAACUUUCGCUGUCACGCUGCUGUUUUCCAAGGAACAGCUUAUGUGCGGGACGAUCUGCUCAGUCGGAUUCUUCUUUACAAGUACCAUGACUGGUCAGACUGUCAUGUAACCUUUCAAAACCCUUAUAAUAAAAAUCUAAAUAUUCGACUCGAAGAAAAGGAGAAUGACCAAGUUCUCAUUGGUGAAAUAUGUCAUCUGGCAAAUGGACAGUUGGUGUUGUCCGACAUAUAUAAUGAUUGUUUGUUAUACAUUUCCAACGAAGGGAACAUUGUGUCUAGAUUAUCUCUGCCGUCUACAGCUACAGAUGUAUGUCGAUGGAAUUAUAAUCAGAUAGGCGUCACAUUACCUCUAGAGAAGCAAUUACGGGUCUUCGGAAACGUAUCAAAGGCAGUUAUAAGUGUAGCAUUAAACCAGGCUUAUGUACGGGUGUGUAAGCUGGGUGAAAGUCAUAUUAUUUGUUAUUGCGAUAAACCAUCGCAUUUAGAUAUUUUAAACAUUAAAAAUUGUAAUCGAGUUCAAAUAAUUCAUAAAAUUAAUAUUCCUUUUGUAAUGAAAUCAUUAUCGUUAGAAAAUGAAACACUAAAGCUAUUGAUUGUUGGUAAGAAAGCAGUAUUCUUCUACAAGAUCAUCAGGAGCAGCAGGUGGCGAUGGAGGAGAAAGAAGAAGUACAUCAAGGGAAUAGAAGUAAGACGUGGUAAUUACAUAGCGGAAAGUAUGUUAGGAAUUGAUGAAAUAUCAGUGAGAAGACUGCCACAUAGAACAGCAAUGUUCCCGCUUUCAUUUUCUCUAUCUGGUUUACUAGAUUCAAAUUCGAUGUUUUGUUUUCUUAAUGCUUUUAAGCUAAUUAUGUUACAAGACAAUAGUAUCGUCGUGCUCCUCCAUAAAUGUACUCUCAUGGUCACAAGUGGAGACGGUCAUCUGCUUUACAGUCAAACAUUUGAAAAAGAAGCUCAAGAUAUAUGUCAAUGGACCGAUGAAUCAUUUGUAGUCCUCUUUCGUGACGAUAAACAACUGAUGUUCUUCGAUACAGAUUUGUGUCUUUUAAAAAAGAUCACAACUGAAAAACCAUACAAUUUAAUGUACAAAAAGAACGGCAAAAAUCUGGUAUGUGUGUUUGAAGACGCUCCAAAUGAAUGUAGUAAUAUUCCAUAUGUGACAUACGCAGACAUACUUCACAUUGGCGGUGAAAUGUACGAGUAUAAGGGCCGAGUGAAUUUAGGGAAGGAGGGGAAGGUUGUAGCAAUGGGUGUGACAUCGAAUGAAGACAUUGUCGUUCUUAAGUACAAGGAAGAUCAUUACGAUGUAUGUUGGUACAGAGACAAUUGGGUAAGAAGUCAACAACUAAUGAUUCAAGGUGAGGAACCAUUUCCAAACAUUUUCAACAAAUCCUUGACCAUCCACGGCGAAAAUAUUUACAUAUCAGAUUUUAAUAACAAUAUCCACCAAGUAUCUGUAGACAGCAAAUGCGAAAUCUUUCUCAGCUCUCAGGAAAUUGAAGUCUGUCACAUCAAGGCCAUACAUGUUUCGGAUUAUUUCAUCAUGAUUUACGGAAAUUUGGACAACCGUUUUGAUGGAUUAUUUUAUUAUGAGAGAUAAGGCCCUAUAUUGAAUCAAUAUAUGUUACGAGCAAUUGGCAUUAGCAGCCUUUUGACUAUAUUUCUUUAUUCGAUGGGAUGCUUCUGGAAUAGUCACACAAAAUACGUAGGUUUUAACCUGGAUCCUCGAACAAAGAUAGUUACCAUAAUGAUUCCUAAUUAGUUAAUUGAUAAUAAAAUAUUAAUGAACUAGAAACAGUGUAUGUAUUCCACUGGAAUAGCGUUUCACCCCCCAUCCACACACACACACAAUAACGACAUUAUCUGAUUCAAAUUGUUACUCUUACAUGUUAACAAUCUUAUAAAAGAAACACAAAUCUCCAUUUAAAUUCUUAUCUUUUCUCACCUUGUCGUCUUUCCUCUCAGCAAAUCUUUCAAAUGUUUUUUUUCUUUAUUUGAAUAUAUUUUAUAUAUUUAACCCUAAUUUAAAGAUAAUGCUUAAUCUAGAAAGUUUUUUGAAUUAAUCACAAAUUAUAUUCAUAAACCAAUGCUCGAAAUAUAUCUCUCUCUAAUAAACGGCAGUUUGUCUGUCGUGUGUCUUGUGUCUUGUGUCUGUCAGGUUACCCUCACCCUGACCACUCUUCACCGAUUCUGAUGAAACUGA